UGCACGCUUUCUGUGAUCGCGCCAGACUGCAGUGAAACAGACUGUAGCUUCCUUCUAGUCCCUGCUACAGUCAUCACCAUCAACUUUUUGACGCGCACAAUAUUUAUAUAUCUCUACUUGAGGUUUUCCUCGGAGAGAAAAUGGAAGGAGUAGGGUCUAGACUCGGUCGGGCCUCGUCGAGGUACGGUUCAGCUCCAGUAUUUAGUGGCCCAGUAAGAAAAUGGAAGAAGCAGUGGGUCACUUCUCAGCCCAACAGCCGCCUUCGUGGCAACGGCAACGUUAUUAACAACGUCGCCGGUCCCAAACUCAUGCUCUGCCGUUGGACUCCGCUCUCUUCCUUUCAUUCCGGCGACGAAGCUCCUAAACGGAAGUUCCGUUAUGCACCAAUUGUUGACUUAGAAGAAAAGAAAAAGGAAGCUCUUGAUAAUGAAGCUAAAAUAAGGAAGCGAAAUCAAGCUAUCACAAGUUCAACAUCAAACGAUAACAUCUUGAAGAAACAAAGCAUCAAUGAUAUUUUUGAGGAAGAUUUUGAGGAGCUGAUGACAGAUCAAUCCAUUUGCAGCGAAAGCCAGCUAAAGUUUGACUUGUGCUUCGAAGGCUGUGAUUGAGAAGAAUAGUAGCUGCUUAUUUUGAUGGUUGACGACUCAGCCCACUUGUUGUUACAGUGCCUAACUUAAAUUCUAGUGGUAUUUAGGUCUAAACCAUUGUACAUAUAACCCUCUGGUUUCCAUGCUUAACUUAGACUAUAGUUGUAUUGAAGUAGAAGUGAUUGUAAAUAUAACCCUCUAGUUUCUUUUGAGGACUUUCUUUUGAUACUGUUUAACUUAGAUUCUGGUUGUAAAAUCAAGUAGAAGUGAUUGUAAAUAUAACCUCUAGCUUCUUUCGAGGACGUAAUUGCUUGCAUCUCA